AUGGAACCCGUAGCAGAAGAGGAACCAAUGGCUAAUCUGUCUACGGGUCUGGAGGAUCCAUCCUCUUCUGUUGAUGGAAACUCAAUCACAACAACCACGACAGUCUUGGCAGAUGAUGCGGAUAAAGACAGUGCUAUUGAUUUAAGUAAAGAAAUCGAGGAUCUGGGAAAGUUGCAGAUGUCUCUGGACCGAAUGUUGGACUGUGCUCAAUCACCAUCAUCAUCAGGCUGCCUUAGUAAAGAUUCAACUACCUCCAAAAAUUCCACAAGCUCAUCAGCUGUAGUCAAUCUGGCCGCUCGACGUCUAAUUCGAGUUCCUUGUGCAUCAACACCAUCUACAAUAGAUGUAUCAAGUGAUAUAGCCCGAUUAAUGCUGCCUUUCACGGUCAGCGGGGGAGCAUCUGAAGCCAAAUUAAUUAUCAUUGACAAAGUGAGGAGAGAUGACUUGAUUGGUAUACUAACUUCCGGUGACAGAUUGAUGGCAAUAGAUGAAAUAUCUAUAAGUGGCAUGGCUCGUUCUGAAGUAAUGCGAUUAUUGGGGAAAGUUUGUUUUGAGAGGGAACAGAUCGCUUUGGAAAUACUACCAGCAAACGCUUGUACUGACGAUAUCCGUGAAAUUCUGGCUAACAGAGACUAUGCUGAACUUCAAACAGUAAUUCGAGACAAUCUAUACGUGAAAACCGUUCCAUACACUACUCGGCCUCCGAGAGAUGGGGAAGUGGAUGGAGAGCAUUACCGCUUUGUUACAACAGUUGAGUUCAAUCGUUUAUUAUCUGAAGGAGAAUUAUUGGAACAUGGGACAUAUCAAGGUCAUCUUUACGGCACACCCCGUCCAUUGGAAGACGCACAACACCUUAAACAGUCGGAGCUUUCGGAACAACAGAUGGUUGCUAGCGCGAGAAACAUUCUUAGCACACUUCCACCCAGUUGGGAGAUAGGAUAUACAGAGAAUGGAGAAAAAUAUUUUAUAGAUCAUAAUACUGGAACAACAACAUGGGAUGACCCAAGAAAUUUACCAGAUGGUUGGGAACAAGUCCUGGAUCCUGAUUAUGGAGUAUUUUACGUAGAUCAUGUUAAUCGUCGAACUCAAUAUGAGCACCCAUCUCUUACAUCAUCUUCAAAUAGAUAUGAUUCGCAGGCGGCCCCCUCUUUCCCGUUUAAUAACACUCUCAGUCGGUCGAUGAAUAACGGCCAUAUAAGACAAUCUCCCCCGAUUACUAAGAACUAUUCAAGCACUAAUGGGAAUUCACCAAGACAAUAUUUUUUCACGCGAGAUCCCAAUCAGUUGAUGGGAGAUUUAAUCACUACGACUAUCGUAAAGGGACCAAAAGGCCUCGGCUUCACUUUGAUCGGAAACGAUUCAUCAAGUAACGGUGAUGAAUUCAUACAGGUCAAAUCAAUUUUGUCUGGUGGUCCUGCAGCAGAGAAUGGCCAACUUGAGCCGGGUGAUAUCCUUGUACGGGUAAACGGCCAAACAUUGCUUGGAGCAACUCAGUCUGAAGCUUGUCGUGUGUUUUUGAAUAUUGCCGCUGGUGAUCCAGUUGCUAUUCAAGUAUGUCGCGGUUAUCCGUUAUUGCAAGAUCCUUCACACAGGAUAAUCACCGAAAACGCAUAUACAAUGCAAAAGCCUCAGCGAGAACUCAUCGAAAUUGAUAUUUAUAAAGGAGCUGAUGGCUUUGGUUUCAAAAUUGCUGAUAGUCCACAGGGGCAACGUGUAAAAAAAAUUCUGUUUCCUUCCCAAUGUCCAAAUUUGAUGGAAGGAGAUACGAUUGUGGAGCUAGAUGGUCGUAAUAUAAGAUCGAUUCCUCAUCAACAGUUGGUUGACAUGUUGCAUGAGUGUCCUGUAGGACAUAGAGGACGUUUAGUUGUUCGACGAAGUUCACCCAAGCAUAGGUCACGAACCCCUACGGCAGCUUUCCGCUACGGCGAACAACAAAGAACAACACCUCUGCCUUCUCUAGCCCCAAGAUCGAAAACUCCUGCACCUGCUCAGCGCGACUCGCAAAUCAUUCCUAACGGAACAGAUACAGUUAACAAUAACAACAGAUCUGGUUAUUACUCGAGACCUUCUACCCUCCAAAGACAAAAUAAUUUACCUGACGAUCCAAACUAUCGAAUGCGAGCAUCUUCCACAACUCUAGGAUUUGCUACCACGCCCAACUACAUGCCAUUGAGUUCAUUUCAAACAGAUCUCGUGACAGUGAAUCUCAUUCGAAAGCCAAUGGGAUUUGGUUUCCGUUUACUAGGAGGACGUGAGACUAGCACUAUGCUGACUGUUGGUCAAAUUGUCCCCGGUGGUGCUGCAAACGAAGAUGGAAGACUUUCCGAAGGAGAUGAAAUCAUAGAGAUUGACGGUCAAAAUGUUGAAGGAGCGACUCAUUCAGAGGCAGUGGCUUUACUUGAACAGGCAGCCAGAAAUAAGCAUGUGAAGAUGGUCAUUAGAAGGCCGAAGUCAGAAAUUCCUCAAAACCAGCAAGUUCAUCCGGCCGAGCAAAAUCAUCUGCAUUCGAUUGGACUUUCUGGGGAUGAAUUUGAUGUUAUUUUGAAUAGACAAGAUUCCGAUGGCUUCGGUUUCAUAAUUCUCUCAUCGCUUCAUCGCAAUGGAUCAACAAUCGGACAAAUUUUGGAUAAUUCUCCGGCUGCCCGUUGUGGAAAGCUGAAAGUAGGAGAUCGAGUUAUUGCUGUAAAUGGGAUCAAUAUAUUGAACAUGAGUCAUGGCGAUAUUGUUAAUCUCAUAAAGACAUCUGGAUUAUCUGUUCGGCUAACAAUUGUACCUUCACCUGAAACUCCAUUAGCUACGAGCACUUUAAAUCGUCCUUCAAUCAAUCCACCUGCCUUCAAACCAACUUCUAACUAUUCUACGAUUCCAUCAUCAAACUAUGCUCAAUAUUCAACACUUCCUUCUACUAACAAUGGUAUUUACUCGGAAUAUGGUCGGGCUAAAGUUGUGAGCGUCGCUCCUGGACAAACACCAUCAUAUCAUCAAAUUCAACAGAAGUUCGGAGCACUAAAUUUCAAUGAACAGGACGGUCCCUUGAUUAAUGUUGAAUUAGAGAGAGGAACUAGAGGUUUUGGUUUUUCCAUACGUGGUGGACAAGAGUUUGGCGCAAUGCCGUUGUUCGUUCUUCGAAUAGCUGAAGAUGGACCAGCUGCUCAUGAUGGUCGCCUGAAGGUUGGAGAUCAAUUAAUAGCCAUCAAUGGCAAAGAUACGAAAGGAAUGACUCAUGAUGAAGCUAUUCAACUCAUUAAACUUCAACCUGUUGUCCGAUUAACUGUUCGCCGUCUGAAAGUAUCAUAA